AGUUACUUUUAGGUGUGUAUAUGGAAAACUCAUUUUUCUGACUGCACCUAAAGGCAGCGUAUGAGCUAAUCGGUAGCGGAGGGAGUCUGUAUCCGCAGCGUGGAUAUGUCGGACCCGGCUACACAGGCCUUACAGCCCCGGCUUCUCCAAGCCCAGUCGAGUGGCUCAGCGGGGUCCGGUGCUGCAGCAGCAGGCUCCGGUACAGGGAACAGCGACCCGGUUAGACCAGGACUUAGCCAGCAACAGCGUGCGAGCCAGAAGAAAGCCCAAGUCCGAGCUUUUCCACGGGCGAAAAAGCUUGAAAAACUUGGCGUAUUCUCCGCGUGCAAGGCCAGUGACACAUGCAAGUGCAAUGGAUGGAAAAACCCGAACCCCCCUUCAGCUACACGGAUUGAUCUGCAGCAGCAAGCAGCCAGCCUGAGCGAGCCCUGCCGCAGCUGUGGACAUGCACUGGCUGAUCACGUGUCCCAUCUGGAGAACGUGUCUGAGGAUGAGAUUAACAGGCUGUUGGGGAUGGUGGUUGACGUCGAGAACCUUUUCAUGUCUGUACACAAAGAAGAGGACACUGAUACCAAGCAAGUGUACUUCUACCUUUUCAAGCUACUGAGGAAAUGCAUCCUGCAGAUGAGUCAGCCAGUUGUGGAGGGAUCCCUGGGAAGUCCACCGUUUGAAAAGCCCAACAUCGAGCAGGGCGUUUUGAAUUUUGUCCAGUACAAGUUCAGCCACCUUGCGCCAAAGGAGAGACAGACCAUGUUUGAACUCUCAAAGAUGUUUCUCAUAUGUCUGAAUUACUGGAAGCUUGAGACACCGACGCAGUAUCGUCAGCGCACGCAGAAAGACGAUGCAACAGCAUACAAGUUGGACUACACCAGGUGGUUGUGCUACUGCCACGUCCCGCAAAGUAACGACAGCCUGCCUCGCUACGAGACCACGCAGGUGUUUGGCCGGAACUUACUCAAGUCCAUCUUUACCGUUACUCGCCGCCAGCUCCUGGAGAAGUUUAGAGUGGAGAAGGACAAACUGCUGCCAGAAAAACGCACACUUAUCCUUACGCACUUUCCCAAGUUCUUGUCGAUGCUGGAAGAGGAAAUCUACGGGGAAAAUUCACCGAUAUGGGAGGCUGACUUCACCAUGCCUGCUUCAGAAAGCACACAGAUUGGACAUCAGACAGUGAUCAGUCCUACUUCAGCGUCCGGGUCUCCUGCUUUGUCCAAAUGUCUGAACAGCUCCUCUUCUCUGGGCAGCACGGAUACGGGAGGCGUAGAGCCCAUCACAGGGGACAAACGCAAACUUCCAGAGGCGUUGACGCUGGAAGACGCUAAGAGGAUCCGUGUGAUGGGGGACAUUCCUAUGGAGUUGGUGAAUGAAGUCAUGAUGACGAUCACUGAUCCUGCUGCUAUGCUCGGACCGGAGACUAAUCUGCUGACACCUAAUGCUGCUCGUGACGAGACGGCCAGACUAGAAGAGAGACGGGGCAUCAUUGAGUUCCACGUUAUCGGAAACUCCCUUUCCCAAAAGUCCAACAAGAAGAUCCUGAUGUGGCUUGUUGGCCUUCAGAACGUAUUUUCCCAUCAGUUACCUCGCAUGCCCAAAGAGUACAUCACACGACUCGUGUUUGACCCGAAGCACAAAACCUUAGCCCUCAUUAAAGAUGGCCGCGUCAUUGGAGGCAUCUGUUUUAGGAUGUUCCCCACUCAGGGCUUCACAGAGAUAGUGUUCUGUGCCGUCACGUCCAAUGAACAAGUCAAGGGCUAUGGCACCCACCUGAUGAACCACCUGAAGGAGUAUCACAUUAAACACAACAUCCUUUAUUUCCUCACUUAUGCUGAUGAGUAUGCCAUUGGCUACUUCAAAAAGCAGGGUUUCUCCAAAGAUAUCAAAGUCCCCAAGGGUCGAUACCUGGGCUAUAUCAAAGACUAUGAGGGAGCAACCUUGAUGGAGUGCGAGCUAAACCCAAGGAUCCCCUACACAGAGCUUUCUCACAUUAUUAAAAGACAGAAGGAGAUUAUAAAGAAGCUGAUUGAGAGAAAACAGAGUCAGAUCAGAAAGGUUUACCCAGGUCUGACCUGCUUCAAAGAGGGCGUGCGACAGAUCCCAGUGGAAAGCAUCCCUGGAAUAAGAGAGACAGGCUGGAAACCCAGUAGCAAGGACAAAGGGAAAGAGGUGAAGGACCCUGAUGUGCUUUACAACAUGCUGAAGAACCUUCUGGCACAAAUAAAGACUCAUCCUGAUGCUUGGCCUUUCAUGGAACCAGUGAAGAAAUCUGAAGCUCCUGAUUACUAUGAAGUCAUCCGCUUUCCUAUUGACCUGAAGACCAUGACAGAGAAACUCAAGAACAGAUACUAUGUAACCAAGAAGCUCUUUAUUGCGGAUCUUCAGCGAAUCAUCAGCAAUUGUCGCGAGUACAACCCCCCAGACAGCGAGUACUGCAAGUGUGCCAACACGUUGGAGAAGUUCUUCUACUUCAAAUUAAAAGACGGAGGCCUGAUAGAGAAAUGAACUAUAGCUUAUGUGAAAAAAAAAAAAAAAUUGCCAGCUUUCGUCAUAUCUGGGGUAAGAAAAAAAACGUAUGAAAACAAUACAUUUUGGAAAGGAUUUGUGGGACUUAAGAAAAGAAAGGCAUCAAAGUCGGCUGAGCAUCAACAGUGUCAAACUGACAUCUUCUUCAAGUCAUCUUGUGGCAUUUCCCAGAGCUCAGUGGGAGAAUAAUGUGAAUUAUUCAUGCCUCAUUGAGUGUACCAAAGUUGUACAGGUCCAAGAUUUAAAACUGCUUCUGUUGUGUUAUUUACUGAUUCAUAUUUAUUGUCAUUGAAUGAUGGUUUGGUUGCAUAAAACAAGUCACAGGAGCCAGUGUAUGUCAGAAAACUGGACUUUGGGACCUAAAGCCAUGUUGCCUUCUGUUACUGAAAGACACUUGAACAUCCCAGCCAGUUCACAGGUGUGAAGGUUGCCCUUCUCAGAGGGUUUGUUUGGAGAGGUGAAAGUUCGCUCAAAAUACUGAGUCCACUUGAAGCAGUCAUUAAUUAAAAAAUGUAAAUAGAUUUUUGUUUGUUAUAACAUGG